AUGAGCUGCGAGCGCUGCGAGGUCGCGACAGGUGUGCGCACACACCGCGAAAGUGAAUGCAGCGGUGUUGUGCGCGUACACCGUCAGCACAGGGUCUUGAUGGAUAGCAGUAGGCCAGGCAUGGGUUAUGAGGCUGACCCCUGUGUUGACGCGCCCUCGUCGCGCUCGCUGAGCAUGCCACCUGCCCUUUCGGGUGAAGGCAACACACUCGCCAGGACUUCCGAGGGGCUGGAAGCUUCGACGGGGUCGUCCAAGGCGUCCUCGUCGUCGCUAAGGACGCCCUCGAGGUCGCUGGGGCCAUGGGCAACACCCAGAGCGCGAGCCGUGGCGGCUGCGAGCGCUUCCCCGGGCAUGACCGAGUCGGGCAGCAUGCAUGCCGCCCUACUGGGUGCUAUCUCAACAUUCGCGGUGUCUUCGAGGGACAAAUGGCACGCUUGA